AUGGAAAUAUAAAAAUAUACUUGUUUUUAAUUCGUAGUGUAUGAGUUGAAUGGUUAGUUACAGAGUAACACUGGUUUAAAUUUAGUUAUCUAGGGUAAUUAAACAUAAUAUAUUGGAUAAACUGUAAUUAAAUUGCAAUCAUUGACGUGGUUAUUGAUAAUCUUGUAGUGAUGUGACCUUAAAUGAAAUAUGUAAGUUAAAAAAAAGGAAGUUCUAUUAAAACUUUUGACUCAAAGAUGAACAAAUAUUGGAAGAUGAUCAGGAAAAACUGUAUUACAGCGAGACAUACAGAACAAUGGUCAAGUCAGGACAACUCGGACCAUCAAGGCGGCAGAACGAAUAUUGCGAUGAUGAACUAUUAUUAGAAGAAAUUUUAAAUCUUCAAGCUGUUAAAGAAAUGAAAUUCACUACUACAUCUUCAAUCAAAUAUGGAACAAUUGUUGGUGCAGCAACAAUUGUUUCUGGUGUUCUUGGUGGACCUGUGGGGCUUACAGUUGGAGGUAUAGUUAGCAGUUGUAUAGCAGGUUAUGUAUGUCAAGAAUAUGAAUCUGUUCCAUACAUUCUUCUGUGUAAAGCAACCCCAGCCGAAAGACAGAAAUUGUUGAAAGUAAUUCUGAAUUAUCUUCGAAAACAUAAUGUAACAAUAGUUGAAACUCUGUAUGCACUACAUAGUAAAGAGGCAUUAAUAUUAGGUAUACAAAAGAUAAUACGUGAAUUUUUGAUGGAGUUAGGUCUAGAAGUUGUAAAAACAUGGUGAUCAAUGAGAAUGCUAAUUAAGGAGCACUAUGGAAAUGUUUUUAUAAAGUUGUAUUCUAUGAAAAAUUGUAUUUUUAUAACUUUGUUGGUAGAUUAUAAUUGAUUGAUUAAUUACUUAAAUUAAACCAUUAAAUAUACAAUGUAACAGCCA